CCCGCUCCGCCAUACCCCUAUAGCUCCAGAAGCCAGCGACACGAGCAAUUGCCGAUUGUCAUCGCGCACAUCGAAACCACCCACCCCACCUCCUCGAGCCGAAAACCGACGACUUCUCACUCACCUCACCACAUCCAUCUCACCACCAUGUCCUCCAUCAUCGGCCGCGCCGCUCUCAGAGCUACUCCCCGCCUCCGCGCGGAUGCAGAGGGUGCUCGCGCCAUCAAACAAGGCGCGAAGCGGGAUCCCGAGCUCUUCCCUCUCUACGUUGUCACGGCUGCUAUCCUCGGCUGGGCCGGCUACCGCUUCGUGCAAGCCCCUACCGGCUCCGAUUCCAGCGCGAGGCCUGGCAUCGCCCAGGGCGUCAAGGAGCACACCUCGGCUCUGAACACCGUCAUCGUCCCGAACGUCACGCUGCCGAAGGAGCUCCACGAGAAGUACAACAAGUUUGGCAAGGACGAGUAUGACUUCUAGACAAGAGAUGGAUUGCGAUACAAGGUCACCUCGACGCGAUCGGGGCUUCGCGCAUGAUUUGUGAAUAGUAGGGAAUGCGCAUAUACCUCGGAAGUUGAAGCAUGGGACCGUGGCAUGUCUGAAUAGACUUGAUGCGUUCGAGCGCUGGUGAAUAGAUUUGCUCUUGUAGACGAGUAGCUUGUGUACGCAAUAUUCUGGUUGCUAAGCGGCAAUGACAGUUCUUUUGUAUCAAGUUUUAGUGUGUUCUUAGGCAUAUGGUCCGUCCCGAGAGGCACAUGCAUGUCAUUGGGCUCUAACCUCAGGUACCCGUUCCUUUGACGUCAAGCGCGAGAUCCGCUCUGCAAUCGGACCAUCUCAUUGAUUAGAUCCCGUACAUAUCAUUAUUUCUCACGGUUCCUCUGAUCAUGUCACGAUCGAGAUCA